GUGAAGUGACACAGACUAUUUCGUUUCUGGUUCAAGAUGGCGACGGAAUUGUUUCUUCUUCCGUUAAUUCUAAAUUACUUCGCUCAGGUGUUGAAGAUGAAGUGAUAUUCAUUUAUGUCCAAUGUAUUACAAAUACACUUAUGAUGCUAAAACAUCAAUCAUAAACAGAGAUAUACUCAAGUCCACAGUAUUUCCCUUUAAUGACGAUAAGGAGAACAAAUACCAAACCUUCCACACAAGAAUGCAAGAGAAUCGGAAGCCAAAAUGCUCAGGAUGCUCUCACUGUGGCAAGAACUUGCAUGCUCAGCCUUCCUCGGCUCAAACAAACUUUUGUCUCAACCAAGAGUGGUAUGAAUAUCCAUUAAAAGAAAAUUACUGCACUGAUUGCAGUAGGAAGAAAAGAAAUCAAAAUGUUGGAAACUGUUAUGCUAAUGAAGAUAAGUCCAAACACUGCGAUAUACCUGAGAAUAUGCAAGAUUAUGUAACUGUUUUUAAUACUCGUCGUACUUAUAAGUCAACUGAUUCUCAUGCUAAAGGCAGCAUGUACAGCUGUGAUCAGAUUAAUGUUAAGGAUGUACCAUUAUAUAAAGAUGUGACUAAGAGGAAAGGUAAAGGAACAAUGUCCAGUAAUGACAAGGUUGGAAACUAUGCCGCAAGUAAAACACAAUCAUUGAAUACAUCUGAACAGUCACAGGAUGACAUUGAGAAAAGAUCUUGUGCAGUUGGUCAGUCAGAAAUUGGUCGAAUGUCUGGAAUUGAACAAAUUGAAAGUUGUGGAAGUUAUCACAAGAUUGAUGACAUAAGUUGCUCAGUGGAUCUUAAUAGUGGGAGUGUGUCUCAUAGCAAGGCCACCACUGAAAAUAGGUACAGCACGUCUGGGAAAUUUACAAACAGGGAGGCUAAAAGCAACCUUGAAAAAGACAAGGUUGUUGGUGUUGAAAAUAGUUGUUUUAGGAGUGCAAACAAGAAAUAUGAGCAGAAUGACAACAGCGAGUGUAAGAGCUACGUCCCUGAAGCUAAAAGCAAGUCAUCUCAGAAACUGACAGACAAUGGAAGGGGAAAGUCAAAUGCUGGAAAACACAAGACCAUAAUUCCUGACCUUCUACAGAGAGCAGAUACAGAUGAGAAGGACACAGAUGUGGAAAACACAGACAAAAGUGAACAUCUAAGGAAUGUUAAGACUGAAAGUGAUGAAGCCCCCAAACCUGCAGCAAACAGUGGGCGUGAUAGGCCCAAGGUACCCAGAGGAACAAAAAGAAUGACAAGACGACGUGCACAAAAGAAGCCCCAAGCAAAUAUUCAGCCAAAUUGUGACUCAAAAAAAACAGAAACUGGUGGAAUUGAUGAGUGGCUGCUCUUCAUAUUUCACUCCAUUAAACAAGGAAUGAUUUCAUUUUGGUCAAAGAUUCCGUCAUAUCUCAGCAUAGGAUGGUCGUUAUUGGUGUAUUUUCUUCAGGUGUUCAUACUGCUUCUAUUACCUGCCUUACUCUGCAUUUGGUCCUUGCUCAAAAGUUGCUUUGUCAAUCUUUGGAAUGGGUUUUGGUAUCUUGCAACGUGCAUAAGUUCAAUUCGCAACGUCUUUAAAAAACGAGAGCAAUAUCCUCACGAUGAUACAUCGAAACAAGAGCCAAGUCGUCCAGCCAAUCGCCAACGGUCCGAUUCCCUACCUGAAGCCAGUGAAUUGGUUUCCAAGCUCCUCGCCUCUAAGAAUCUCGACGCAUACGAUGUUCUUGACGUAUCGCCAUUAUCAACUGAUGAAGAAAUCAAACGGAAAUACAGAGAUAUGGCGAAGGUGGUUCACCCAGACAAGAAUCCACAUGAAGAUGCGAGUGAAGCUUUUCAAAUCUUGCAAUCAGCCUUUGAAUCCAUCGGUGAUGAAGAGAAACGAAAGGCCUAUGAACUUGACAACAAUAAGAAACGAUUUGAGGAGGAAAUGGAUGAAUUCUUUGAAAACUUCAUGGAAAGAAUAAAUCAGAUGAAGAACAAAAUCAUGUGUCGUGUUUGCCAGAACUCACACCCACGCUUGCCAACAGAUAGAUUGGCAUUUGCAGCAAGAUAUUGUUCUGAGUGUGGUGUAAAGCAUCCUGCAAAAGACGGUGAUGUUUGGGUUGAAACAAGUCAUCUUGGAUUUAAAUAUUACUGUUUUCUCUGCAUGGAUGGUCGAGUCUAUGAAGUUACAGAGUGGGGGGCUUGUCAGGGAUUACUUCGCAUGAGGCCCAAUUCGCAUACUGUGUAUAUGUCAGUAAGAUCAAACAACUAUUCACCUUGGGAUGAUAUGUCUGGUGACGCUGAUCGAUCAAGCAGUAACAAAAAGAAACGAAAAUCCAAAGCGAAAACAAAUAAAAACAAGAAACGCUAGAUGUCUGUAUGGUUGAUAGUAGCAUUAUUGUCUAGCUAGAUGUCUGUAGGUUGGUUGGUUGAUUCUAAAUAAUCCUACACAAAGAUUUAAAAACAGCAGUCAACACUGAUGAUUAUCUAUAGGCUAUAAUUUCCUAACAAUUUGGGAGGAAUGCCCAGUGAUAAAUCCUUUUCGCUGAUUCACGGGGAAAAUUCAAGAGUUGAUUAUGCUUUUAAAAAACCUUGGCCAUGAAGGCGGCUCAUUGUCACGGUGUUAUUUUCUUUCCGACGUACGAGAACGAGGCUCUCCGGCAGGGACGUGUACUACUUCUUUAAGUCGUGCUGAAAUACCGAUUAAUUCGCGAUAACAAUACUUACAAAAACGGUAUAAAUAAUAACAUAAAUAUUUCAAGAUCAUUAGCUGUUUAUUCUACAAUUUAUUUGGCCAUUUUCUUUGUCAGUAGUUUAGUUGUAGACUUGUGGUGCAAUAGAAAAAUUCUGGAGAAACUGUCAAAUAAAUUGAUAUUUGAUAGGUACAUGCAUGCAUAUAACGUUUUAGUUAUGCAUAGAUUUGUAUGUAUACAAUAUCAAAUUUAA